AUGUCUGUGACUAUAUGCCAGUCCAUGGGCUUUGUGGUGUCUGCUCUAGGAAUAGGAGGCAUCAUCGCGUCAACAUGCAUGGACCAGUGGAGCACCCAAGACCUGUACAAUAACCCGGUGACGGCAGUGUUCAACUACCAGGGCCUCUGGCGCACAUGUGUCCGGGAGAGCUCCGGCUUCACCGAAUGCCGCAGCUACUUCACCAUCCUGGGGCUGCCAGCAAUGUUCCAGGCUGUGAGGGCACUCAUGAUUGUGGGUAUUGUCCUGGGCAUCCUUGGCCUCCUUGUGUGCAUUUUCGCUCUGAAAUGCAUCCGUAUUGGCAGCAUGGAGGAUUCUGCAAAAGCCAACAUGACUCUGACCUCUGGCAUCAUGUUUAUUGUUGCUGGCCUGUGUGCCAUCACUGGAGUGUCUGUGUUUGCCAACAUGCUGGUCACAAACUUCUGGAUGUCCACAGCCAACAUGUACCAGGGAAUACAGAAUGUCCAGAACAGGUACACCUUUGGCUCAGCUCUCUUUGUUGGUUGGGUGGCAGGUGGCCUGGCCCUCGUAGGAGGCAUCAUGAUGUGCCUUGCUUGCAGAGGGCUGAUUCCAGAAGAAUCCCGUUACAAAGCGGUGUCCUACAAUGCAUCAGGACGGAAUAUCUCCUACAGAACGGGGCCGUAUAAGGUUGGUUCAGGCUAUGAACCUGAAACGAAGACUAGGAAGGGUGCGGGAUAUGAAGAAGCUCCUCGAAGUGAGGAUGGAAGACGCUCAUACCCUUCAAAAUACGAUUAUGUCUAG